AUGCGUUUUGCAUGGUUUGCCCCUAUGCUUUUGGCGAGCAUUGUUGUAGCCAUAAAACCUGCAACUGUCAGGGUACCAAGGGACGUCCUCCACGAUUUGAAAACCAUCGCGCAUGACGUCGGCUCAUCUGUGGCCAUCGCUCGUGCAAGACAGGCGAGACAAGCGUUCCCCGAAGAUCUCUUUGAUCAUCUUGCACUGGACGACAGUCUUGAUAUUCCCGUCCCGCAGAACAGUGCACCGGGAUCGCCGUUCUUCUGA